UUUUUGUUUGUCCUCCCGGUUUUUUAUUUUGCAGUGAUAUCAUCAUCGUGUACAUAUUUGUAUAUAUUUUUUUAACAAUUUUGAGUGCAAUUCGACAUACGUUGAGUUACUUUUAUGCUUACCAAUCUACUUAAUAGCACUGCGUCUUUAGUUCUUAAACGCACUUUAUCCAAAAUGACCCGCGGAAGAACACUACAAAACGUUGUAUCGGAAUUGAAUAAAUUUGCGCCACUCAAUUUGGCCGAGAAAUGGGACAAUGUUGGUCUCCUGAUCGAACCUUAUAAAGCAAGACAAAUACGCAACAUUCUGUUAACCAAUGAUUUGACGGAGAAUGUCAUGCAAGAAGCUGUCGAUACAGGCACUGACCUAAUUGUGUCUUAUCAUCCGCCAAUAUUUGCACCACUUAAACGCAUUACACAAAAAAACUGGAAGGAGCGCAUCGUUUCCAUUUGCUUGGCUGAGGGUAUUGCCUUAUACUCGCCGCACACAGCUUGGGAUGCAGUUCCUGGCGGCGUGAACGAUUGGCUUGCCUCUGCACUGCCGUGUGUUGAUAUGCAACCAAUUCAGCCUAAUGCCUUGGGUGGUGAGUUUGGUGGCGCAGGACGUACAUUCACCACAUCGGUGACUUUGAGCCAGGCCGUGGCUAGCGUUCAGCGACACAUUGGUCUCGAUGUACAUUUGUCAUUGGGUAUAAAUCAUAACCUAGAGACGCCAAUUACUGUCGUAGCGGUUUGUGCUGGCUCUGGUGCAUCUGUACUUAAAGGCUUCGAGGCGGAUCUUUAUAUAACCGGCGAAAUGUCUCAUCACGAUUUAUUGGAUGCAAGUCAUCAAAACGUUUCCGUGAUCUUGUGCAAUCAUAGCAACUCCGAACGCGGUUUUCUACGUAAAUUCGAGACGAAACUGUACGAUAUGCUAAAGGGUGAUUGUGAAGUGACUAUUUCCGAAAAAGACAAAGACCCCUUAAAAACAAUCGUUAAAACUUAAAUUUCGACGAUAAUGAUUCACAUGGGCAUUUACUUAAAAGUUGCAUUUCUUGGUGAUUUUCGAUUGAAAGUUUAUUUAAAAAGUCUAAAAUUCAUUUAAUAAGUUUUUAUUAUUAUUGUUUAUAUUAUGCAAAGUCUAACAGUACAGCAGCUGUUGUGGUAGCGGCAGAAUUCUGUCUAACAGUGUAGCAGCUGUUGCUUUAUUUACUGCCUCGAAAUAAAAAUUUUUGCAAAGCAUCAUUUAAUAAUCAUUCAUAA